AUGUCUCCCCCCGUCGCUGCUGGUCGCGAGAAGGAGUCCGGCCUGGCUCGUGUCCUCGGCUCCGGUUCCGCUGGUAUUGCUGAGCUGGCUGUCUUCCAUCCUGUCGACACCAUUGCGAAGCGGUUGAUGAGCAACCAGACUCGUAUAUCCAGCGCCAGCGAGUUGAACAAGGUCAUCUUCAAAGACAAGGCCGCCGCUCCCUUCGGACGAAAAUUCGUUUCUCUCUUUCCCGGGCUGGGAUACGCCGCCGGUUACAAGGUCCUCCAGCGUGUCUACAAGUAUGGUGGCCAGCCUGUUGCCCGUGAUUACCUCUCCAAGCACUAUGGAGCAGACUUUGAGAACGCCUUCGGCAAGAAAACCGGAAAAGCCAUCAUGCACUCUACUGCUGGAAGUCUGAUCGGUAUUGGUGAGAUUGUUCUCCUACCCCUUGACGUCCUCAAGAUCAAGCGUCAGACAAACCCCGAGGCUUUCCGUGGCCGCGGCGUCCUCAAGAUCGUCGCCGACGAGGGUUUCGGCUUGUACCGUGGCUGGGGCUGGACUGCUGCCCGUAAUGCCCCUGGAUCUUUCGCUCUGUUUGGUGGAUCUGCUUUUGCCAAGGAGUAUAUUUUCCAUCUUGAGGAUUACAACAAGGCCAGCUGGUUCCAGAACUUUAUUGCUUCUAUUGCUGGCGCUUCCGCUUCUCUCGUUGUCUCUGCUCCCCUUGACGUUAUCAAGACCCGUAUCCAGAACCGAAACUUCGACAACCCUGAGAGUGGCUUCCGAAUUCUCUCCAAUAUGGCCAAGAACGAGGGUCCUGGAGCUUUCUUCAAGGGACUUGUCCCCAAGCUGCUCAUGACUGGUCCCAAGUUGGUAUUCUCUUUCUGGCUUGCCCAGACUUUGAUUCCUGCCUUCGACAUUGCAUUCAAGAAGUAG